GGCCAUGGCUGAGAAAAAAGAUGCAGGGAGCAGAAGCGGGAAAUAUCACCGAAGAAUGACGUCGUUUGUGGUGGUGUCUUGUAUGGUGGCUGCCGUGGGUGGAGCUCUCUUCGGCUACGACAUCGGAGUUUCAGGUUUGGAGCUAUGUUACAUGGGCUCGGGUUCAAGUGUCGGGUGUGGGUAGGUGUCUAAGUGUCAGAGCCCUAUCGAGUAUCUGACACACAGGUGUUUUAGUCAUCGAGAAGGUUCCGUGUAACAUUGGCUUGGAGGGAAGAAUGUUACAUCAUUUCUUUCAUCAGGUCAUAGAAAGAAGAAACUUUCUUCAAACUGUAUUGUGACAUUACUAAUACAGUAAUACUUCUUUUUCCUGAGCUUAUUGAGGAUAAAACUGAACAAAUAACAACAAACAUUAGAGUCCAUACUUACAGGCUUUUCUAGCAGUUUUAUUGACAUAUGCAUGUGAAUAGAAAGGUGGAGUGUCGUCCAUGGAUACAUUUCUGAAGAAAUUCUACCUGGACGUGUACAUGAAGAUGGAAGAAGACACCACAGUGAGCAACUACUGCAAAUUUGACAGCCAAUUAUUGACCUUGUUCACAUCCUCCCUCUACAUAUCUGGCCUCUUUGCCUCCUUCGCUGCCUCGUCACUUACCGGAACCUUUGGGCGCCGGCCAUCAAUCCUUGUCGGAGGAGCCACACAUCUUGUGGGUGCCCUCGUCGCUGGUGCAGCUUCUAAUAUAUACGUGCUAAUGGUAGGCCGCAUCUUGCUUGGAGUUGGCCUUGGGUUUUCAAAUCAGGCAGUCCCACUAUAUCUCUCAGAAAUGGCCCCAACCAGAUACAGAGGAGCAUUCAGCAAUGGCUUCCAGUUCUGUGUCAACAUAGGGGCUCUAUCAGCAAACCUUAUCACCUACGGCACCGAAAAGAUGGAAAGUGAUUGGGGAUGGCGAAUCUGCCUGGCCUCAGCGGCGGUGCCGGCUGCAAUUCUAACUCUAGGAGCACUCUUCCUUGAAGAAACACCCAACAGCAUAAUGCAGCGAACUGACAACCACCAGAAGGCCAGAUCAAUCUUGGAAAAAAUCAGAGGCACAAAAGACGUCCAAGCCGAACUCGACGACCUCAUAAACGCAAGCACCAUAUCAAAAACUGUCGCACACCCAUUCCUCCAAAUAACCAAAAGAAAAUACAGGCCUCAACUUGUCAUGGCAAUAGCCAUUCCGUUUUUCCAACAGGUGACCGGAAUCAACGCCAUUGCCUUCUACGCUCCUAUAAUUUUCAGAACAACGGGUCUAGGCGAAAGUGCUUCGCUCUUGUCUGCCGUUGUGGUACGAGCUGUAAAUAUGACAUGCACCUUCAUCUCGAUGUUGAUAGUGGAUAAAUUUGGGCGAAGAGUUCUGUUCACAGUUGGGGGGAUUCAAAUGGUGGUUUCACAUAUAGCUGUUGGAAGCAUAUUGGCGACUCAGCUAGGGGAUCACGGCGGGGUGAGCAAAGGGUAUGGUUUGCCUCUGUUGCUUUUGAUCUGUGUGUAUGUUUCUGGGUACGGGUGGUCGUGGGGUCCCUUGGGUUGGCUAGUUCCGAGCGAGAUUUUUCCGCUGGAGAUACGAUCCGCUGGUCAGACUAUUCGGGUGGCAGUCAACUUUCUCUGUACUAUCAUUAUUGCUCAGACUUUUCUGGCCAUGCUUUGCCAUAUGAAGUCUGGGAUCUUCUUCUUUUUCGGGGGAUGGGUCGUGUUCAUGACCGUGUUCGUUUACUUGUUUUUGCCGGAGACUAAAAACGUGCCGAUUGAACAGGUGGAUAUAGUAUGGAGGGAGCACUGGUUUUGGAAGAGAAUUGUGGGGCAAGAGAAUGUUUUGAGGGAGACAGGAGCAUGAAAAAAAAAAAUAAUGGUUCUGUUAUGGGAAAUUGUUGGUAGGAAAGUUUUCGCAGAUUGAAUGGAUGAGAACUGAGGACGUUGGAGCAAUAAUUGGAAUGAAGCUGUACUCAUUAGACAUUACUGCGUUAGCAAAUUUUUGACAGGGGAAAGAAAUAACGGCUUUGUUGGUUUUGAUACUUUACUUUGUUUUAAUUUUGUUUUUCAAUCAUUACUCUAUAUCUUUCUCCAAUUAUUAAUUUCAUUUCCUUCU